AUGAAUUCUUCGCCGUGGAUCCGACGACUGUUGAACAGGCCGGAUAACGCGUUCAUGUGUGCCGUGGACGUGUCGUACAUCCGAGACAAGUUUAAUCUCGUCGGGCUGGAGAAAACAUUGCCGGACUACGAGACGGCGGUCCGCGUCGUGUUGGGCGACGCUCCGUACUCACGCGUCACAGCCGACCUCAACACUCAAUCGGCGGCCGAGCUGUUUUACGGUCUGGUACAUGCCCGGUACGUAAUGACACCUCGGGGCAUCGCUAAAAUACUCGAGAACUAUUUGGUCGGCUGUUAUGGACAUUGUCCGCGAGAAAACUGCAGACGUUCGGCUGCCUUGCCCAUAGGGCUCUGCGACGUGAUCGGGUCGGACACGGUGAGGAUCUAUUGUCCGCGGUGCAUGGACGUGUACGUCCCUCCGGCAGGGACCAGAGGGGCGGCCGUCGACGGCGCAUACUUCGGCACCGGUCUACCGCACAUGGUGUUUAUGACACGACCGGAGUACAUGCCGCAGCGGCCUAGUGGUCGGCAUGUGGCCAAGCUUUACGGGUUCCGAAUUCACGAUUCUGCGUACGACGUGCAGCGGAACGCGGCCACCCAACAGCUAAGGCGAACCAUGCAACUACAGUCCACCGGCUCCACCUCCGCCGCCGCCGUGACCGCCUCCGUUGCCAACUGCGCCACAACCUCUACCGGAAUUUCAUCAAUCGCCGCGACCGCCGACACUAUCGCUGACGUGCCGUCCAACGCAGGUGACCAAAAAUUACGCGUUUUAAACAUUAUUAACUCAUAUAAUAAUGUCCCGUUAUUAAAACGAUAG